AGACAAUGACAUAUACGAUCUUCUGUGUAGCCCACUUUACAGCUCCCGAUGUUGAUCUCGGGCCGCUCCUUGGGUGACGUCGAAAUUUGGCACAGGAAAGUCAAUUCAUGCUCACGCGACCAGAUACUUUACUUGACGUUAUGCCCAUCUUAGUUUGAGCUUGGAUACCAUUCCGAGUUUCUUUACAUCAUCAGCAAAUAUGAGAUACAACAACGUAAUUAAGCCAAGGCUGCCAGAUAAUGAUAGGUGUCUUUAUAACAAUAGUCCUCUGUCGAAAUGGCAACUUGACUCCCCCGAUCCGUUAUCGCCAGUAUAUGCAAGGUCUCGAAGCGAGCGAGCCAGAGCACCAACACCCAUUGAGCAUAACGGCCAUAUAUAUGACCUGGUUGGCGUGAACUCUCGCCAACAGCUCAUCCUACGAGAUCAAUGUGCGUUACACUUGGACAUUCGCAUCGAAUGUUUCGCUGGACGUGCCGUCAUAUUAGACGGUGUACCAUGGCAAGUCGACUACCUCGAGGCCAUCCCAGAUCUCUUGGACUUCACCAAACCGCCUCGACGUAUCCUUCACCUCAAAAGAUGGACAACGAAAGGUCAGAUUCACCAAGCCAUCAAUGAGCCAGACAAUCUUCAAGCAAUCUUCCCGGGCUCAAGGGGCAAGCAUACGCUUGGUCCAAUCAAGCACGGUAUUGUACGUAUGCUUCCGAUGGCAUCUCGACAAAGAGUCCACAAGUCUUUGGUUCCAGGCACGAAGUUUGAGGCCCGCCUGCGUGGGCGCGAGCUCUACGGGCCCUUUCAAAUCGAGGCCCAGCAAGAUGGCCAACUGGUAGCUCAACACGUCCUGAUGAACGGGUUCUCUCUCGUCAGAUUCGCUGUGGCACCUAGCGAGAUCGCCCCGUCAUACGUCAGAGUCAAUUGCCCAGAUUUCGGGGGUUCCUUCGACAUUGAUGCCUUUCUUUACUGUGAGGAUAAGCUUCGAUGUCGGGCUACCAGUGUCAAAGCCAUCAAAGCGAUGAGACUGCCUAUAAGCGACCGAGAUCCAAUGUUUGGAACUUUAUCGCGAGGCUCAGUGCCACUUCUCACAAAUGGCCUAGACCAUCUUGUCGUGUUCGAGAAGUUCAUCCGAGAAUGCAUGAGUCCUUCUUCGAAGACGCCUCAACCGCGGCGAUUGACAAUACUCAACCUUUCAAUGUGCGAUCAAGGAGAUGCUAAGAUCGUAGUCGACGCGUUAGUCGACUUUCGAAAGCAAAAUCCAGAUGCAAUCAUGUCUGUCGUGGUAUCGAAAUUGGGACCUACGAUCUAUCAAGAUACGCCGGCCUGCAGGGAGUAUGCCAAGCUUCUUGCGUGCAACCGAAUCCACAUCGAUAUGUUCACUGGCGUUGAUGGUCCAACGCGCCAAGUCGUCCACGCCAAAGCGAUAGUCAUCGACGACAGGACACUCUUCAGCACUGGAGCUAUCGUUGAUACCAAACCUAUUGACAAAGCUGACUUUUCCAUCGAGCUUCCGCCCACGGCAGCCAAAGCUUUCCAAGUCUACAUGCAAGAAGCCAUCCUUGGUGGCGUGAGCAAUGAGCGUCGCGCUCAUCUUGGCUCACAACUGGCUAGUUUGGGUGUCAUCAUAAACGACCCCAUCGCCAGCUUGACCUACAUUAGUCGUGCACAGCAUACGCUUCUUCGUGGUGCUCGUCGCGAUCUCCUCGUCAGCGUUUCAGAACUCGUUGACCCAAAAAUCACGAAACUUCUCGUGAGGCGUGCAGCCAACGGCGUGACGGUGACGAUACAAGUCCGGGAGAUAGAUGCGGUCUCAUCAAGAAUUCUUACCCAAGCGACACGGCGGUACGGAAAGCGGCUGUCCGUGGAAGAUGUCAGCUGGUGGGAGCCACGACCGCAUUAUAAUGCGAUCAUUGCAGAUGAUAGUCUCGCGUAUCUGGGCACAUCGUACUUCUGGCCAACACAAAGAAACAUGAUCCAUCAAGGUCGAUCGCUUGAAAAUGGGAUUUUGCUUGAGGGAGAGUCUGUAAAGUUUCUGAGGGAGCAACUCGAUGAACUACGCGAGCGUGCAUAUAGCAGUGACAAGAGUGAAAGCGAUACGGCAUAGUAAUGUUGGCCAGAGAUUUGAUGCCGUCCUCUUCUCCUCUCUUGUUCUUGAGUGUUGUUGUUAAACCUGGAGGAGCGUGUCAGGACACGUCUUCUUCAGUCAAUCAUGUCUUGCUCAGCAUCACCAGGUCUUUUGCUGGGUUAAGCUUAGCGAAUCAGUAUCCAUCAAAGCACCACGAAUGGAUAAGUGGACAGUUUUAACAUUAAAUGGCCUUAAAUAUUAGCAUGACAGGUAGUGAGCAAGAUCAAUCGAAUAGACAUUUAUCUUCUUUAUUGGUA